GGGCUAGACGAGGAGACCUGAGUCAGCGCUUGCGCCGGUCGCCCAGAGGUGACAGCCGUUGUGCGACGUCUUGGGGAAACCAUGGGACGGCAGUGGGGUCCCUCCAUGAAGGUGGCGGAGCAGGCGGGCUGUGUGGUGAGCGCCUCGCGGGCCGGGCAGCCUGACACAGGCUCGUGGAGUUGCAGCGGGGUGAUCCUGAGCCGCAGCCCAGGCCUUGUGCUGUGUCACGGGGGUAUCUUCACCCCCUUCCUGCGGACGGGCAGCGCGGCGCUGACCCGGACGGGUGCCACCUUCCUGCCCGGCGACAGUUGCAGCGAUGACCUGCGCCUGCACGUGCAGUGGAGAUCUACGGCUGCCAGCCCCGCCGGUCGCGCGGAGCAGGAGCUCCCGGGGCUGUGUACGCCUCAGUGUGCGAGCCUGGGCCUCGAACCCGGCGCCGCCAGCCGGGCCCGCGCACGGCCUCUGCAGCCCCCGCGGCCCGCGCAGCUGCUGUUGCUGCUCAGCUGCCCGGCCUUCCGCUCCCACUUUGCACGGCUCUUCGGGGCCGAAGCGGCCGAACAGUGGCACUUCGUGAGCUCGGCGCCCGACGACGCGGUGUCGGAGGAGGAGGAGGAGGACCAGCUGCGCGCGCUCGGCUGGUUCGCGCUGCUGCGGGUGCGGUCCGGCGCGGCGGCGGCGGCGGCGGAGAGGCGGGGGCCGGCCGUGGCCGUGGCGCCGCUGGGGACCGUGGCCAAGGGCUCGCCGCUGCUGGCUUGCGGCUCUCCGUUCGGCGCCUUCUGCCCGGACAUCUUCCUCAACACGCUGAGCCGUGGCGUGCUUAGCAACGCUGCAGGGCCGCUCCUGCUCACCGAUGCACGCUGCCUGCCGGGCACGGAAGGCGGCGGAGUGUUCGCGGCGCGGCCCGCGGGCGCGCUGGUGGCGCUGGUGGCCGCGCCGCUCUGCUGGAAGGCCCGCGAGUGGGUGGGCCUCACGUUGCUUUGCGCCGCCGCCCCGCUGCUCCAGGUCGCCCGCUCCGCGCUCGCCCGCCUGCAUCCCGGCUCCGCCUCUCUGUCGGCACUGCUGCCGCCCGAGGUGGGCGCGCCCCGGGGCCUGCCCCUGCGAGACCUCGGACCCCCGUGGGCAGCUGCGGCCGUGCUGGUGGAAUGUGGUAGUGUGUGGGGCUCCGGAGUGGCCGUGGCGCCUCGCCUGGUGGUGACCUGCCGGCACGUGGCUCCCCGGGAAGCAACCAGGGUCCUGGUGCACUCGGCCACCCCCAAGAAUGUGGCAAUCUGGGGACGAGUGGUGUUUGCCACUCAGGAGACCUCACCAUAUGACAUAGCAGUGAUGAGCCUGGAAGAGGACCUGAAUGGUGUUCCCACGCCUGUCCCCGCCGAGCACUUCCAUGAAGGUGAGCCUGUCAGUGUGGUGGGCUUCGGGGUCUUUGGCCAGGCCUGCGGGCCCUCGGUGACCUCGGGCAUCCUGUCGGCCGUGGUGCAUGUGGAUGAUACCCCAGUGAUGCUACAGACCACGUGUGCCGUGCACGGUGGCUCCAGCGGAGGACCCCUCUUCUCCACACGCUCAGGGGACCUCUUGGGUAUUGUUGCCAGCAACACUCGGGACAACAACACGGGCGCCACCUACCCACACCUGAACUUCAGCAUUCCCAUAACGGUGCUCCAGCCAGCCCUGAAGCAGUACAGCCAGACUGGCGACCUGGGUGGCCUCCGAGAGCUGGACCACGCCACUGAGCCGGUCAAGGUGGUGUGGCGGCUGCAGCGGCCGCUGCCCGAAGUCCCGCGGAGCAAGCUCUGAGAGUGUCCCUCUUCCGGGACAAGGCAGACCACUUUAUGGCUGUGAAAAGUGCAACUGUGACAUCUGAGUCGCCUGCCAGGGCGCGGCCCAAGCCACCCCCUCAUCUUCACCCGCUGACUGUCGAGGAACAAACUUCUGGGCAGCUCUGGGGGUCUCUGAUCCACUUCGGGGUGUUUUCCUGAGCCUGACUCACACGUCAUGGUUCCUUCUGGGGAUUCUGGUCCAUCGGGCAGAUGCUGCUGGAAGAGCGGCCCAAUACCG